CUUUAGAAAUUUGUUGAUGUCUCUCCCCAAAGCAUUAUACCUUGAGCUACUUCGCUCGUGGAAUGUAUGAGCACCAUGAAAUGUCUAUAAUAUUUACUCACCAUCAAUCCCCAUUAGAGCUGGGAGCUUUAUCUAUAGCCGAUAACGGGGACCACCGAGAGGUUGAUAACAAUAGCUCCGGCUGCACGCUUCAUUGCGUAACGUUUAUUUGACAAUUAUGCCGCGACCAAGAAAAGUCGGCGGGCCGGAGCCGAAGAAGAGAAGCAGGAAUGGGUGCUGGCCAUGCAAGGGCAGAAAAGUGAAGUGUGGCGAGGAGAAGCCUUCUUGCCUCAACUGCGAACGUCAAGGCGAGAAAUGCGACUAUAGUAUUCGUCUCAAUUGGGAUGGGAGAACAAAGAAAAAGAGUGAUGGUGGCUCAGCGACAAUUAUCAGCUUCAGCGGCCCAGGUCAAGCUUCAUGUUCAUAUCCGAGGAACUUACAUGGCUCCAGCACAAUAUCGGCGUCUUCUACGUAUCCAUUGUACUAUGGAAAAGCCUCUACGGGGGUGGAUGAACAUGGGCUAUCGUCAACCAACAGGUCAAUGAAUUCCUUCACGCCUGCUCUUCCAAAGGGUGGAAAUCAACUUGACGAUUUCUCGUAUCGGUCAUCACCAGCCGGCUCAAUGACAUCGACGGGAAUGACAUUCAGCGAUGUAUCGACACCUGCGCGCUCGCCAUCGGUGGCCGAAUCUCCCUCGGACUUACCCAUUUUGGACCCGGCAUUGCUGGGCACGGCCGAACGCGCAGCCUCCUCCCCUUGGACUGGUACAUCACAAACGUCACAAACGUCACUGCCUUCCAUUUUGCCUUACAUGAACCAGCUUUCAGGUUCGGCUCACCAAACUUCGAGUCAAUCUUCUAGGCAUGGCCGCAAUCAGAUGGCGGCUGAGAGGAGCUCGCCUAUGGGAAGCAUAAAUAUAUACGAUUCCAAUCAAAACUCUGGCGAACCUAAUUAUGAUGCUGGUGAGGAAUCACAAUCACAAGCGCGAGCUCCGCCUUUAUAUCCGCAUACUCGAUCAUUCAAUAUGCCUCCACCCGCACACAGCUUGUCACUCAGUAAUACGGGUUUGCCAAUCACAGUUCAAAGUCUUCAAGAGUAUGAUUCUGGCUCAGGCCAUCGGACGAAACGUAUCCGGCUUAGUCCCUCUUCAGAACUGCACCACGUCUCCAGCAUACAUCCAGGCCAUGAUUUUAUUGGAAUGGACCGCCAACGCACCAGCUCUGUUGCUACCUUGGACAAUGCACCAUCACUCCCUGCACGGCUUCAGCCGAACAGCCCUUAUGGCUCGGCAAAUAGUCCCUUGAAUUCUGGGAAUUCCAUCGUAGGAUCUGAAGAUGGCCAUACCGGCGCCUUAUCCGGGCUAUCACCUUACACUAAUCAACCUUCUCCGGAUUUGCGUCGCCUUUCUGUCCAUUCACUCUUAUCCGGACCACAAAAGGGAGAAAAUCCAGGCUUUGCUCAACAUAUAUCGUCUGUAGUAUCUCCCGGAGAAGACGAGAGUAUUACGUACGGAUUCGACUGUGGUGCCCCAGAUUUGGACGUAAACAAGAAUGACGAUGUCAACGCAAUCACCAGUUUCUCAUCCACGGAAUCUGACAUUCUGGACAUUGUGCCAAACACCUUUGAAGACGAUUUCUAUUCUUUUAUAGAGUUUGGAUUCGGCAUACAGGCAAAGGACGCCGCUUUUGAAAGUGGCGGCUAUUAUAGCAAACCGGUUCCCGUCAAAAUACCCAGGUCACUCGAGCCUCUUCCAUCUCUAUUAUUAGACAAUCGGAUGAAUCUUUUAUAUUUUCAUCAUUUUCUCAAUAAUACGGCUAGAAUUCUUGUGCCUCAUGACUGCUCUGAGAAUCCUUUUAGACAUAUUCUCCCGAGAAUGGCCAUUGCCGAUGAGAAUCUUCUAAGCUUGCUAUUGGCAUAUUCUGCUAGUCACCGUGCCAGGCUUCUUAAAUAUCCGGAACCGGUCAACCGCAUCGCGCUUUGGGUUCAAAAUGUCUUUCCAGCCCUUCGAAAAGCGCUCGACAACAGUCACGAGCAAGUGUCAGACGCCAAUCUCGCAACAGCCAUAAUGCUGUCGUCCUUGGAAAUUGUGUCUCCAAAUACUUUUGAAGUUGCUAUUCCUUGGCAGGAUCAUCUUGGCAUUGCGAAGCGAAUGAUUGCUACGCGCGGAGGUACUCAGGCGUCUCAUCGCAAGGACAAAGUUCUCUACUUUUUGAGCCGGUGGCUUGCCUAUUUGGACGUACUGGGCAGUCUGGGUGGAGGGAAGAGCGACCGACCAUUGUUCACAGGUAGCUACUGGAUAGAUAACUCUCAAGACGACGGCGAAAAUUCUGAAAUUGAUUGCGUUCUUGGCUUCACAAGCCAAUGCGCUAAUAUCCUCGCGAGAGUUGCUGAAUUGGCUCGACAAUGUCACGGCGAGAGAAUCGAUCCCGAAGGCAAUCCUCUACCGGAAUGGGCACCAUCACCAGAAAUUGCCGCAGAAGCUGAAGAUCUUCGGCGGUUGUUGCACACUUCCUGCUCGCGCGUGUACCGAGGCUGCGUUCACAGGACCGUCGAGCCUGAUAGCGACACGGAUCUGGACUCUAUGGAAAUGGUUGCCAUGAAUGAGUCUUUCCACUGGACUGGUUUGAUUCAUCUAGAUCGUCGUGUCCUUGGCUGGCCAUCGUCCCAUCCCGAGGUCCAAAAGUGCGUGCAAAACAUUAUUGGGACUUUUACCAAAAUGCGGAGAGGAGGGACGGCAGAAGCCUGCCUUCUUUUCCCAAUGUUUACUGCAGGCUGUGACGCAAAAGAUGCAUCCCAGCGCGAACUCAUCCUCGAGCGGAUCAAAAGCGUUGAGCUCUCGGGUAUGACGCAGGCACAUAAGACGCGAGUGCUCAUGCAGAAAGCUUGGGAUACUGGGAAGCCGUGGGAGACUUUGGUCGCUGGGGAAUUUUUUGGCUAAAUAGCGCAACAGCAUCGCUCUUUUGACGCUUCUUCGACUGGUCGUAAGCACAGGACCUUUCUUUUGUUUCGCAGCGAGCAUAUUAUAUUCUCUGCGCGCCGACUUGAGCAUUCGUAAGCGACCAUACGAGAUCACAUUAUUAUUCAAUUUACUCAACUUCUUCGCCGCGAUUCCUUGAUGGGACAUUUCAGAAGUCGGUAUAUACCAUUUACGUGUCAAAACAUGACCACCUC